GAGUUCUCUCUUCUGGUGAUCUUUAUAAAUUUCUUCUACAGAAAAAAGAAAAAGUAAAAAGUAAUAUUCAGGUAUAUUGGCAUAAUGGCAUCUACUAUACUAACUUUUGAUUUAUGUUGCAUAAAAUGGUGGACUCCUUGGGGAUGGAUCUUACUGAUACAGGGCCUUUUUCAAGUGAAGACCCAUAUUGAAAAUACAUUUCAGAAAAAAAAAUACAUUUUCCUUUUUUAGUUUCUCUCUGUGUCAGAUUGUCCUGAACCUUUAGCAAUCGAUUUGCUCAGCUGCAGCCUGCAGAUACAUCUAUAAAUAGAUAGAUACUCCUCCCAUUUUAGUUGGAUGAUUACUACCAUUGCCCUUCUUCAGCUUUCUAAUUACGUUUCAUGCCAUUAAAAUUCAAUUUUUCUUUUUCAAGACCCACGUGUACUGCCAUCCGGCACGUGUUUUUGUUUCCAAAACACUGAUGUGUACUACAUUUUGCUUUAAUAUGCUGAGAAAUGGCGUGUUAUGAUUUGAAGAUCUUUAAGUGUUUGGGAAGAAAGUUUGCAUAUUACUCAUAAUAUGUUUGAUAGAAUGUCGGAAAGAUGUUUAGAUGAUUGAUCUGAUCCCUCAUACGUGAAGCAAUGGUAGGUAUGGGGCUACUGGACAUUGUCAAUGAUGUAUCAGAUGAAUUCCUCACAAGACAACAGCUUAUGUUAGCCAAUAUGAUCAGCACAUUUCUGAAAUGACAGUCAGGGAAACUCUUGAUUUUGCAGCAAGAUGUCUGGGCAGUGGAAGCAGAGCAGAAACUAUGGCAGAAGUUGUCAGAAGAGAGAAACAAGUUGGUAUUAUACCUGGCGCGACCCAGAUAUUGACACCUACAUGAAGGAAACUGCCAUCAAUGGAUUAAAAAGGACUCUUCAGACAGACUCAACUCCGAAAGAACGUGUAUGAUCUCUUCUAUCACAGCUACAUCUCUAUCGAAUUCUAUAUUGCAAUUGUACUCCAGGGAUCUGGUCCCAGAUAUAGAUCAAAUGUGGGCAACUGAUUUAAAGAAUCAUAGUUACCAUACUUGAAACUUGCCCUUAUCAGAUACAGUACUUGCUACCUCUACCGAAAGAAGCUUGAAUGGUGUAACAAUUUUUCUUUACUUGAGAAAAGCUUCUGACAUGAUGAAAGUACUUUUCUGGAGAGACAGAAGGGGAGAUGAUAAUUGGCCCAUCAAAGGUUCUCUUCAUGGAUGAAAUCUAUAUUGGCUUAGAUAGUUCAAACACCUUUCAGAUUGUUAAAUGUCUCCAGCAGUUGACACACAUAACAGAAUCAACCACUCUGAAUUUACUUCUUCAGCCAGCACCGGAGACAUUUGAUUUGUUUGACGACAUUAUCUUGAUGUCUGAGGGACCGACUGUAUACCACGGGCCUCGUGAUAAUGUUAUACAGUUCUUCGAGAAGUGUGGUUUCUGAUGUCCAGCAAGGAAAGGCAUUGCUGACUUCCUGCAAGAAGUGUGUUAGUUAUUACAAUUGAGAAAUUCGCUUUCAUGCUUAAAAUUGGUUGUGUCGCAGUAAUUAUUAUUUUGCCAUAGUACUUAUACUGCAAUGUCAACUUCUCGACAUUAUCUUGAUGUCUGAGGGACCGACUGUAUGCCACGUGCCUCGUGAUAAUGUUAUACAGUUCUUCGAGAAGUGUGGUUUCUGAUGUCCAGCAAGGAAAGGCAUUGCUCACUUCCUGCAAAAAUCACAUCUCUGCAGGUAAUAUCUGAGAAGGAUCAAGCACAAUAUUGGCACCCUGAUAAUCAACCUAUUUAUUUCAGUGUGAAGGAGUUUGCAAGAAAAUUAAGGAAUCCAAUUUAGGUAAUUAAGGACAGAAUUUGCACGAAGAUCUCUUUCGGAAUAUUGAAACAGAUGUGAUCCAGAUUCUUUAGGCUUUUGCAAAUGUAUUGACAACUGUAUCGAAGCUGGUGAGCUGAUUAGCGCUCCUAAACCUGGUAGUAUGAUCGUAUCAACGCUUAAGGGGCUGCGAUUGUUGAACUCAAUGCGGAGGGGAUGGUGAGGUCAUUAAGUUGGUUGUCGCAAAAGCAUGGAAAUGUUUUGGCCGCAUUGAUGCUUUGGUCAAUAAUGCUAGAAUAAGAGGUGGAACGAAAUCUUCAUUUUAUUUAAGUGUAGAAGAAUGUAACAACGUGGUGAGAACCAACUUAACAGGAUCAUGGCUGGUGUCCAAGUAUGUUGGAUUACACAUGGUCGAAGUAGUUCAAGAAGGCUGCAUCAUUAACAUAUCUUCUUCUGCUGGAAAUGAUACAUGCCUUGAGGUUGUACCUAUUCCAAAAUUAAGUCAUGUCGGAGACUCUUCAGAUCCUCUCGAAUUCAUAAGGGAAGUACACAAAACGAUGGACAGAAAAAAGAAAUCAUCAGCUGUUUAUAUGACCUCCAGCUUAAUAAAGUGUGUCGGAAAAUUUAGAGGCCCUGAGGUUGCAGCUAAGCUUAUUCAUAGCACACUGAAGGAUUCAAGUAUAGCACUUCCGAAUCUAAUUGGAGCAGUGGAACAAAUGGCUAUACAAAAUCAUCCUGUUAAAGGCUUCUACUUCACAGUGGCUGGUGUUCCUGUGAGCACUGGUUUUGCGAUUGUUAGUUAUAUAGGGAAGCCGAGGGUUGCAAUUGCUUCAGAGAAAGGCUACAUCGAUGCAGAUAAAUUCAAGUCUUGCAUUCUUGAGGCUUUCUAUAUCAUUUGUAAAAUUAUUGCUGAUGUCUAUAGGUGGUUCAGUGGAAUUUAUAUAUUAAUAAUCAAUAUGAAAACAGAUUUUUUCGCCAAAAUAUUUCCUAGAAGAGAAGGACAGAAAGACUUGACUUGAUUAUAGUUAGACGACGACGAACAAAUACUAAAAGUUCUGGUGCAGGUAUCUUAGAGGAAAAAGUAUCAAUUAGAAUCCACGAGUCUCUAGAUAAACAGUGAUUGUUGCAAAUGUAAUUAGGAACUGUUUUUGCCAUAGUACUUAUACUGCAAUGUCAGCUUCGACAGUC